GUAGCAUUCGGCGGGCACAAACAGUACAAACAGUGGUCGACGAGAGCUGGACGCGGGCACAAUACUGGGCGUAGUGGCAUUCGUUAUCUGCUAAGGUUACGGAUAUUUGGAAGCUUGAGAAAAUUAAAGAAUUUUUCGUUAUUACGAGUAUUAAAUUAUUAUGAAGUAAUGAUUUCCUGUGUUUAGAAACAACAAGAACCACGCCGCAUAGCCAGAACAGCUGAUUACUAAUAGCAAAACAAAGGGCCAAAGAUAAGAGAUAGUUCAGAGAACCUUUUAGUAUUUCGGUUUAUGAAUUCGCCUGACUCUGCACCAAUAACAAAAUGACAUCUUUGAUAUUAAAUUGCCCUGUUGCUUCGCGGUUGGUUGGCAAUGCACAGUGGCGCUGUUCGUCAUCCCUGAUUCUCAAAUUCCUGCAUGAAAAAUAUCCAGACAACACACAAAACUUUUUGAUGACUGCAUUUAUAAGAAAUGCUAGCAGCUUAACGAUGAAACGUGAGCAGAACCUCGAAAAGCGAAACCAGGCAGCUGCGAAAAGCUUUUACUACGAUAGUCAACACAUAUCGCACAGAAAGAUGUCGAGUUGUCAGCAACCCAAACUGGUAGCAGUCGCCGAGUCCAAGCGCUUCAUGACCGAUUGCUUCUUGGCUGCCAAUGUGCCCCAGGAUCACGCCCAGGCCAUGGCAGAUCUGCUAGUAGCUGCUGAUUAUCGUGGUCACUUCAGCCAUGGCAUGAAUCGUCUCGAAAUGUACAUUAACGAUUUGGCGAUCAACUCAACGAAUGGAGCUGCCACACCUACAAUACUCAAGGAGACACCAGCCACCGCUUGGGUGGAUGGGUGCAAUGGUUUGGGUGUAGUUGUGGGUAAUUUCUGCAUGGAUUUGGCCAUAAAGAAAGCGAAAACCGUUGGUGUAGGCUGGGUAUGUGCGAAGGGCUCCAACCAUUAUGGCAUUGCAGGUUGGUACGUACUACGCGCUCUGAAAGAGGGUUUGAUGGGCUUAACCACAACCAACACGUCACCAUUGAUGGCACCCACUCGUUCUAAGGAAGCAGCAUUGGGCACUAAUCCAUUGGCGUUCGGUGCACCUGCAAAAGAUGACAAAUUUCUGGUAGAUAUGGCCACGACUGCAGUUGCAGUGGGUAAAAUCGAAAUACAACGUCGCAAAGGUGAACCACUGCCCGACGGUUGGGCGCAGGAUCCAACAGGCAAGCAGACCAAUGAUGCUGAACUGGCAUUCAGCACCGGCUGCUUAAUGCCACUUGGCGGCGCUGAAAUUUCCUCCGGUUACAAAGGUUAUGGACUUGGCGCUAUGGUGGAUAUUCUUUCUGGCGUAUCAGCGGGUGCCAAUUAUUCGACAAAAGUUCGCAAAUGGACGCAUGCGGGCGCCAAUACUGCAGCUGAUUUGGGACAAGUGUUCAUUGCCGUAGAUCCCAAUUGUUUUGCGCCAGGCUUUGAAGAACGGCUAACUGACUUCAAUUGCCGCCUUAGAGGAUGCGAACCAACUGACCCAUCCAAGCCCGUUUUAGUCGCUGGCGACAAAGAGGACUUAAACAUGAAAGCAGUGGACGAAGUUGGUGGCAUCCAGUACUUGGAAAAUCAAUUAAAGACUUGUGCGGCUUUAGCCGAGCGCUUAAAAAUCCAACCUCUCUGCUUUAUUUAACUAAAAAAAUUAUGAAUUGUGUGCCUUUGCAUUAUCUGCAUUUCGAUUAUGCAUUUUGAAAAUAAUGUCUACAUAUCUGUAUGUAAAUUUAUAUGCCAGGAAUGACUGUACAUAAAUUCUUGCAUAUCAAUUUGUGUCUAACUGUCGUAAAAUUUUCUAUGUAAAUGAAUUUGCUGCUAUCGCAGUUCUAAGCGCAUUUUAUUUUAUUUCUUUAGUUCAAAUAAAAAACCAAAGCAACAUAAAAAAUGAUAAUAAAAACCAAAACACAAAACG